AUGGCAUACGAUCUCGAGCCUCUGCCCCGGACCGAUACUCCAUCGGAUUACACACGAUUCAAAUUCGAUCCUGCCAAUGUGGGCGAUAAGAGGAUAGUAGGGUUACUGGCAUGUCAACGUGAUCCCCUACUCCGUUCGCUUAAGACUAGAAUUCACGCCGUUAGAGAAGCAAGUAUCAAAACUGCUCCACCACCCAAGGGAAAAGGAAACAAGAAGAAGAAUGAUACGCCCCAAGAAACAGCGAAGGCAGAGGACAGAGGGAAAUUGUAUGAGGUGGAAUUAUUAGAUACGGUGAUCUUUCCUGAAGGCGGUGGUCAACCUUCCGAUACGGGACGUCUGAAUAUACUAGAUCCCAAUGGAGGUAUAAAGCAGUCUUUUGUGAUCGAGAGUUGUCUUAGGAAGAAACUUGACAGUGUACAUCUCGUAAGAAUACCUACCGGCAUCGAGGUGGAUAUGAAAGAGGAUGAUGAGGUUGAAGUCGUUGUGGAUUGGGACAGGAGAGUAGAUCAUAUGACACUUCAUACCUCUCAACAUCUCCUCUCAGCUAUAUUAGACACCAUGAAUCUCCCCACUCUCAGUUGGUCGAUGCACCCUCAUCCAUCCCUCGAAGCUCCCUACGUCGAAUUGCCAAGAAGCUUGACUCAGAGCGAAGCGGAAGAAGUGGAGAGGAAGUGUAACGAGCUGAUAUCGGAGGGAAGGAAAGUAUGGGUCGACGUGAGCAUACAAGGUCAAAAUGGUGCUGCGGAAGUGACUGCAGAGGUGGAUGAUGGAGCGGUGGAGGAGAGGCUGAAGGUUGGGAAAGGGAUUCCCGAAGAUUAUGAUGGUGGUGUCAUUCGACAUAUCAAUAUCGACCAAACCGAUCGAAACGCAUGUUGUGGUACACAAGUACCCACCCUAUCCCUCAUAUCUCUCAUGCACAUCAUCCCUCCUACCCAAUCUUCAUCAUCGGCUACAAAACUGUAUUUCGUAGCUGGACCCAGAGCAGUACGGUACUUACAACAAAGCUCAAGACAGCUCAGUAAUGUUGCGAAAGUCAUUGGAGCAGGUAGAGCAGAUGCAGUAGAAAGGAUAGAGACGCUAGAAAAGAACCGUAAAGAUCAGUUUGAUGCUGUGAAAAAUCUGAAAAAUGAAUUAUCAAAGAUCGUCAUUGAGAAUGCAUUGUCAGAAGGACGGAAAGAAGAGAAUCAAGGUGUGAUUUGGGUAAGGAGAGACAAUCCCUCGACGAAUGAUUUCGAAUUUUUAGGAUCAAUUUCGACUACUUUCAUUUCAACAGCUCAACCUCAAGAUCAAAAAGACCCUCUGGUUAUCCUUACUUCCACGCCUUCAUCUAAAGAUGCGACCGGCCAACAGAAUUUGAUGAUUGUACAUUCUACCAAUAACGAUUUAGCCAAAGAGGCAAACGAGCAGAUAAAGAAGGGACUGGGUAGUAGAGUGAAAGGUGGUGGGGCGAGGGGUAAGUAUAUGUCGAAAGUUGAUGGUAAAUGGACUUCAAGUGAGGAUGAUCUGAUACAAGGGAUAAUCAAUAAUCUCAGGAAGGAUAGAUCAGAAUGA